AUGAAUUAUUUUUGCAAGAGAAAUUUUAAUUUUGGUCAAGUUGGCAGAUACGUAAAAAAUAGAAAAUUUAGUAGCCUAUUAUCAAAGGAGAUAAAGGAUCAUGAAAUUAAACAAAUUGGUGUAAUCGGAGCAGGCCAAAUGGGAUUUGGUAUUGCUUUGGUAACGGCCCAUAUUGCUCAAUUGCCCGUUAAGGUAUUGGACUCGAAUCCUAAACAAAUUGAGAAAGGGUCAUCCUUUGUAGAUGGUUUACUUGAAAAGGAUAUCGUCAAAAAUCGAAUUACGCGUGAUAAAGCAACGGAAACAAAAUCACGCAUUACGACAACGACAUCGAUUUCGGAAUUCUCUACCAUGGAUUUUAUUAUUGAGGCCAUCCCAGAGGAUGUAGAUUUAAAACGUGAAAUUUUUACGAAAUUGGAUCAAAUUACGAGCGAUGAUACUAUAUUGGCCACUAACACAAGUAGCAUUAGCAUCACGAAAAUUGCAGCUGCUACGAAGAAGCCUGAUAAGGUCAUUGGAAUGCAUUUUAUGAAUCCAGUUCCUAUCAUGAGAUUAGUGGAAAUUAUUCCCGGGUUGGAUACCUCUUCUCAUACAUGUAAUGUUACAAAGAAAUUGGCCACCUCCAUGGGAAAGAUAUUCACGGAAUCUCAAGACGUUCCGGGAUUUAUUGCAAACAGAUUAUUAAUGCCAUAUAUUAAUGAAGCAGUUAUUGCCUUGGAACAAGGUAUCGCUUCACGUGAUGAUAUCGAUACAACAAUGAAAUUAGGUACAAACGUUCCAAUGGGACCAUUAACUUUGGCCGACCAUAUUGGUUUAGACACUUGUUUAGCUAUAAUGAAAGUUUUGCAUAAAGAGAUUGGGGAUACUAAAUAUAGACCCGCUGUAUUGUUACAAAAAUAUGUUGAUGCGGGUCGAUUAGGAAAAAAAUCUGGAAAAGGUUUUUAUGAAUAUUAA